AACAUGGAAGCCACCUUCCUUGUGUAGCUUGGGUUCUUGUCCCGAGGAACUGUGAUGAUAAUCAUAAUAAUUUAUUAUUUAAACCCCGCCCAUCUUUGUGGCAGCCUUUGGACGCAAAGCUAUCUUGUGUAGAGUGGCCACAGAAAUUUCUGAGGAAUUCUGAGGAGAAGUGGAAGUUUUCAAUAAGACCAGCCUAUCUAUAUCAUAACCUUUUCCUCUAAGGCAGGCUUCCUCAACCUCGGCCCUCCAGAUGUUUUGAGACUACAAUUCCCAUCACCCCUGACCACUGGUCCUGCUAACUAGGCACCAUGGGAGUUGUAGGCCAAAAACAUCUGGAGGGCCGAGGUUGAGGAAGCCUGCUCUAAGGGGCUCAAGUGGGCUCAUAUGGUUACAACAACCCUGUGAGGUAGGUUAGGCCAAGAGGCAGUGAGCUUCGUGACUAAGUGAGGAUUCCCAUGAUCUCUGACCACUGGCACUGUUAGCUAGGGAUCAUGGGAGUCGUAGUUCCAAAACAUCUGGGAGCCAAAGGUUGCCUAUGCCUGCACUAGCUAGACACUAUCUCACCAGAGAUAAUAGCCGCUGACUGCAUUCUAUAUUAGCUGCUGUUUCCAUGCAGUCUUCAAAGGGAGCCUCGUGUAUUGCCCCCAUCCCAACCAAAAGUUGCUCCAUAAGGUUCUUCUCUAUUUUCAAAGGAAGGGGUGGAGGUUUUAGCUCUGUGUUCUGAUUUCUGGUUCUUUAUAGUGUUGUGAAGACGGUGCUUUACAGAGGAAAAUGCGCACAAGGCAGGUCCCUGCCCCCAAGCAGAUUACAAAUAAAAGUUUAAAUGAAACCAUAUAUCCUAAAGACGCCAACUUCAUUCCUGCUGGCCUUCAUUCCAAAACAAAACCAAGCGCUGAAACUCCUGGAAUCUCUCGCUGCUUGGAGAUUGGGGUAACAGUAUCUUCAAUGUGUCUGAGCAGGGAUGCUGAGGCAGAAUAAAAAGGCAAACUGUCCCCUGUCUCGAGACGGCAGGAGCAAGAGAGUCUCCACCAUCACAUUCCUGGAGCAUUCGAGCCGAGCUUUUGCGGACCUCGGGGGAAAUCAGAGCAAACAGCUGCCUCCCACAUGGAGGCGUUGGCAGGGGUGAGCCGUUCCUCUUGCCCUUUCUCGCCGCCGCACUCCAGGACUGGCGCGAGGGCACACAGGGAGCCACGUCCAGACCGGCACUUGCCUCUUCCCUUGUCAUGUCGACCCACAUGGACUACAACUCCUGCCCGAGAGGUUGCCCCACCAUGGAUAGCCUGGAAAGGCAGCUCAUUUGCCCCAUUUGUUUGGAGAUGUUUACCAAGCCGGUGGUCAUCCUGCCCUGUCAGCACAACUUGUGCAGGAAAUGUGCCAACGACAUCUUUCAGUCUCGAGGAACGACCUUGGGCUCUGCGGGGAGGUUUCGCUGCCCGUCUUGCCGCCAUGAAGUGGUCCUCGACAGACAUGGCAUCUACGGACUGCAAAGGAACCUUCUGGUUGAGAACAUCAUUGAUAUUUAUAAGCAAGAAUCAGCCAGGGGGCCCGAGAGACCCCCUUUAAAAACCGAGCACCCGAUUUGCGAAGAGCAUGAAGAAGAAAGGAUCAACAUCUAUUGCGUGACCUGCGGGGUCCCCACGUGCUCCCUCUGCAAGGUCUUCGGGGAGCACAAGGAUUGCGAGGUGGCGCCUCUCUCUGACAUCUACAUGCAACAAAAGGCAGAGCUGACGGGGGGGAUUGGUGCACUCGUGGCUGCGAACGACCGGAUCCAGGCCUACGUUGGGGAUUUGCAAGGCUCCUGCAGGAACGUUGAGCACAACUGCAAAGCCCAGAAGCAGGCCCUGUGCGAGAAGUUUGAUCGCAUGUGUGCCAUUUUGGAAGAGAGGCGGAAGAUCAUGCUGCAGAGGAUCACCUACGAACAGGAGGAAAAGAUCCAGCACCUGAAAUCCCUCUGCAAAACAUGUGGCGACCAUAUUGAGUCUUCUUCCAAAUUGGUGGACACAGCCUUGCAGUCCAUGGAGGAGCCGCAGAUGGCUGUAUUUGUGCAGAACGCCAAAGUUCUCAUCCAGAAGAUUUCUGAAAUGUCCCAGAGCUGCAAACCUGAGAAGCUGGAGUCAGGCUAUGACAACAUGGAUCACUACAUGGUCGAUUUCAAUGCGGAAGAACGACUUCUCUACCAGCUGGAUUUUAUCAAAGUUGAAGAAGAAUCUGAGCCAAUGGCAGAGGAAGAUGGAGCCUCUGCCGAGGCUGAAGAUGCUUUGGCAGAGUACGGGGCAGCAGCUGGCGAGGGACGAGAGGACCCUGAGAAGGAAGAGCAGGCUCAAGGAAGAGCCCCAAUGACAAAUGAGACGCUGAGCAGUGGGGUGAAAGCUACACCGCAGGCUGGGACAGAAGUCCUGGCUGGCAAAGAGGACGAUUUAUGGGGUGGCCAGCAGAGUCAGCUGGAUGGGGAGCUCCAUCUGACCGGCUCCAGUCCCCCAGCGACCUUGCCAGAAUGCAAUUUACAGAGUAAUGUUCUCACCCAAGACAUGGAGCAGCCCAAAGUGGAGGGAGACGCUAGUGAAGCCUUCAGCACCACGGACAGCUCAGCAGAGACCGAGGAGAGCAGAGGCCUGGGCAGUGGUAGGGAAGGCGAAGCUGGUCAUGCCCAUCUUCUGAACGGGAUGGCAUCUGCCACCAGCCAGGCUCCUGCAUCCAGUCCCACCGCUGAGAGAUGGAGAAGUGAGGAGAUUACUGAACCUCUCCUCAGCAGCUUCUUCAACCCGACGACCCUUUGGCUACACGAUUAAGGAGAGUUAGUGCAUAGGUCCAACUGCACCCUUCAGGAGAAUCUAUUGCUCAGCACAUCAGUUGACCUAACCCACUCCGUUGUGCAAGAUCAUCAAGGAGGGAGACGCACCAGUGCAGAGCUCAAGCAAGUGAGCCAGACCACAUACUCAAAAGGACAGCACCCCCUUGGCACUCCUCAGCAUUCCUAUUUCCUCUCCUUUCACUGUUACCCCCCCCCCCAACCACAUUCUCACCUUAUUCUCUUCCACUUUGGUGCUUUCCAGAGAGGAGUAUUAAAUUCAAGAUGAUGCAAAGUGCAUCCCCACUCUUUGAAUUUGUUUAGAACCUGUGAUUUGCAGAGGUUGAAGGCCCCGCCUGUGUUUGACCCCAGCUUAAGAAGGAAGCAGCCUUAUUAAAAAAUAAAGUUUAUUCCGGACACUUCAGUGUA